AUGGUGUCUAAACUGAGCGAGCUGCAGACGGAGCUCCUGGCCGCCCUGCUGGAGUCGGGCCUGAGCAAAGAGGCGCUGAUCCAGGCACUGGGUGAGCCGGGGCCCUACCUGCUGGCUGGAGACGGCCCCCCAGACAAGGGAGAGUCCUGCGGCGCCGGCGGUCGGGGGGAGCUGGCCGAGCUGCCCAAUGGGCUGGGGGAGGCGAGGGGCUCCGAGGACGAGACGGACGACGACGGGGAAGACUUCACGCCGCCCAUCCUCAAAGAGCUGGAGAACCUCAGCCCCGAGGAGGCGGCCCACCAGAAGGCCGUGGUGGAGACUCUGCUGCAGGAGGACCCGUGGCGCGUGGCCAAGAUGGUCAAGUCCUACCUGCAGCAGCACAACAUCCCCCAGAGGGAGGUAGUCGACACCACCGGCCUCAACCAGUCACACCUGUCCCAGCACCUCAACAAGGGCACCCCCAUGAAGACACAGAAGCGAGCGGCCCUGUACACCUGGUACGUCCGCAAGCAGCGAGAGGUGGCCCAGCAGUUCACCCACGCAGGGCAGGGUGGGCUGAUUGAAGAGCCCACAGGUGAUGAGUUGCCGACCAAGAAGGGGCGGAGAAACCGUUUCAAGUGGGGCCCGGCCUCCCAGCAGAUCCUGUUCCAGGCCUAUGAGAGGCAGAAGAACCCCAGCAAGGAGGAGCGAGAAGCACUGGUGGAAGAGUGCAAUAGGGCGGAGUGCAUCCAGAGGGGGGUGUCACCAUCGCAAGCACAGGGGCUGGGCUCCAACCUCGUCACGGAGGUGCGUGUCUACAACUGGUUUGCCAAUCGGCGCAAGGAAGAAGCUUUUCGGCACAAGCUGGCCAUGGACACAUACAGUGGGCCAGGCCCCGGCCCUGCGCUGCCAGCCCACAGCUCCCCGGGAUUGCCCCCACCUGCCCUCUCCCCCAGUAAGGUCCACGGUGUGCGCUAUGGACAGCCAACGACCAGUGAAGGGGCAGAAGUGCCCUCAAGCAGAGGUGGUCCCUUGGUGACAGUGUCUGCACCCCUGCACCAAGUGUCCCCCACGGGCCUGGAGCCCAGUCACAGCCUGCUGAGCACCGAAGCCAAGCUGGUCUCAGCAACUGGAGGCCCCCUCCCCCCUGUCAGCACCCUGACAGCACUGCACAGCUUGGAGCAGACAUCCCCAGGCCUCAACCAACAGCCCCAGAAUCUCAUCAUGGCCUCACUUCCUGGGGUCAUGGCCAUUGGGCCUGGUGAGCCUGCCUCCCUGGCGCCCACCUUCACCAACACAGGUGCCUCCACCCUGGUCAUCGGCCUGGCCUCCACUCAGGCCCAGAGCGUGCCGGUCAUCAACAGUAUGGGCAGCAGCCUGACCACCCUGCAGCCGGUCCAGUUCUCCCAGCCGCUGCACCCUUCCUACCAGCAGCCACUCAUGCCCCCCAUGCAGAGCCACGUGGCCCAGAGCCCCUUCAUGGCCACCAUGGCCCAGCUGCAGAGCCCCCACGCCCUCUACAGCCACAAGCCUGAGGUGGCCCAGUACACCCACACGGGCCUGCUUCCGCAGACCAUGCUCAUUGCCGACACCGCCAACCUGAGUGCUCUGGCCAGCCUCACGCCUACCAAGCAGGAGGCUGCUCUGUUCCCCCAGGUCUUCACCUCCGACACGGAGGCCCCCAGUGAAUCCGGGCUGCACACGCCGGCAUCUCAGACCACCACCAUCCACAUCCCCAGCCAGGACCCCGCGGGCAUCCAGCACCUGCAGCCCGCCCACCGGCUCAGCGCCAGCCCCACCGUAUCCUCCAGCAGCUUGGUGCUGUACCAGAGCUCUGACUCCAACAACGGCCACAGCCACCUGCUGCCAUCCAACCACAGUGUCAUCGAGACCUUCAUUUCCACGCAGAUGGCUUCGUCCUCCCAGUAACCACAGCAACCGUCUCCCAGGGGCUGGGCCCCACCUGGAGCCUGCAUGGCCUGCUGGGGGGUGACCGGCACAUCUGAGCCUGUGGAACUUUCACUGC